AUGACCGAGAUUGACAUGUCAAGGCGGAAUAAGAAGCCUAGGUUAUUGCUCGAGUCCGAGAGAGCGCGACUGGAGGAGUUCAUUGACAGUAUUGGAUAUUCGGCGAGAUAUUCUGACAGCGAAUUCGAAUACCGUCAUGUGCAACUCCCAAAGGCCAUGUUGAAGGUCAUCCCAAGAGACUACUUUGACGACUCGAAGGGAACGUUGAAAUUGCUAUGGGAAGAGGAAUGGAGAGGACUGGGGAUCACACAGGUAUUUGAGACGGUCACGAUACGUAUUACACUUCAGCUGAACAUUCGGCAGAGUCUAGGAUGGGAGCACUAUGAAGUUCACGAACCCGAACCACAUAUCCUCCUGUUCAAGUAG